AUGGCCUCUCCGCUCGUGCGCGCGCUUUAUCGAGCGCUUCUGCGGUCGACACAGACGCUGCAGCGCGACCUCGAGGCUGGCCAGACACUGUUCGACGCCGUCCGCGCGAGCGCCGUGCCCUCGUACGCCGGUAUCAAGAGCGACUGGCACCGCGAGCGCGCGUUCGUGCGUCGCUUCGAGGACGCGGCAGUGCUCAGGCGACGCGACCGGCGCGACAGACUGUUUGCGACCAUUGUACGCGCUGAGUUCGCAGCGCCCGUGGAGAUCGAGCACCGGACAGCGCUGGACGCUCGGGUCGAUGCUGCUUUUGCCGCGCUGAGGCGCGUGGACGACCACAACGCUUUGAUCCGAGCGCUUGCGGCCCGCGGCGCCUUCCAGUCGAAGGAACGGACCGAUGCCGUCAAGUUCCGGAUUGGAGAUGUGGUGCAAGUGGAAGGCGAGAAACGGGGCGUGAUCUUCGCGUGGCACGUGGUAGCCGCUGAUACGUUGGCAGCAGAUGCAGGAGCUCGAGUUGUGUACGACGUGUUACCGCACAGUCCCGGUUCCAGCUUUGCUACGAAACUGUAUCACGUACCACAAGAUAAAGUCCGACGGGACGGAACACUGAAGGCGGUGCAGCAUCCGUCACUGUUGCUGUACUUUGACGGUUUCGAUGGCACUCGUCACAUCAUGUCGAGAGCGCUGGCAGCUAGGUAUCCACGUGACGUCGCUGGAAACCCCAAGGACUCCGAUGUAGUUGUCGCUGUUCCGUCGAUCAUCCAGCUUCAAUCUGCCGAUGAAGACGAACUGCUCACGUACUUGCGUUGUGACGACAGCACCAUUGUUCAGUUUGCAAUCGCCAGCUUAGAAGGCAUAUGGCUCGGCGAAGGUGGACCGAAUGCACAAGGUGAAGUGCAGCGCGCGGUGGAGCUUGCAGGGCAGAAGAAGUGGGAUCAAGCCCGCGAGAUACUUCACGAAGUAGUGCACGGUCAUUCGGAAUACGCGUAUGCAUGGAGCAAACUUGCCAUGGUGGAGUAUCAAAGCGGCAACUUUGGCAAGGCGCUGGGUCACUACGAAACUGCGGUCAAGCUGAAGCCGCAGCUGGUUGAGGCUCUCAUUGGCCUCGGUACCUGUGCUACAAGACUCCGGCGGUGGACCCUAGUGCACCACGCCGCAGUACAACUGCUCAAGGUGCAGCCAAGGAACGAUACCGCCCGGAUGCUGAUCGAACAAGCUGUGUGUGCUACGCUGUAG